CAAUCAGACAAUCAGAAACCUUCAUUUCCGGUUUAUCAAGUCUUCGUUAAUCAAUCUCUUUUCUUUCUUCUUUCUUCUUUCUUCAUAACUCCCAUUACCACCUUUACCUCAAACCCUAAACUUUCUCUCUCCCAGAUUUCCGAUUUCACGCUUCUUCUUCUUCUUCUUCACUCCAAACCCAAAUCCACAGUUAUGACUUGAAAGCUUUCCCAAUCUACUUUCUCUCUCCUCUUUCUAGAAACUUCUCCUGCAUCAAUCUGGGGUUAGCUGCUGCUGCUUCUUUCAGCUCAGGAGUCGUCAAAGUUAAGUUUCUUUGAGCUCAAUUGCCACCCGAUUUAUUCUAUUUCCACCUCAUUUUUCAAUUUUGAGCUCAUUUUUCUUUGAAUCGUAUGUAUUUGAAUUAAUCUGCCUCUUUUCUUUUUUAAAAAGAAAAAAAAGGCAAAGAUCUUGAUGAAAUGGGGAAGAAAUUAGCUUUGAUUAUAUGGUUAUCUGUAUUAAUAAAUGUAAUUGUAGCACAAAAUUAUACACCAAAAGAAAAUAUACUGUUGAAUUGUGGGGACACCGACAAACAAAGCACCGAUGCCGAUGGUCGGAAAUGGAACUCCGACGUCGGAUCCAAGUUCUUGUCAUCAUCUAAAGAAACAUCCGUAGCUGAGGCUGACACUCAAGCCCCUGAUGUUGCUGAGGUUCCGUUUAUGAGUGCUAGGCUUUUCCGGGCUAAUUUCACCUACUCUAUUGCUGUUGCCCCUGGUCGAAAAUUUGUCCGUCUUUACUUCUAUCCCAAUACUUAUGCUGGUCUUAAUUCCACCAAUGCCAUCUUUUCCGUCACCGCCGGCCCUAUUACAUUACUUAGCAACUUUAGUGCUGCUCAGACCACACAAGCCCUUAACUUUGAUUACCUUAUCAAAGAGUAUUCCAUCAAUGUGGAGGGUGAUACUUUGAGCUUAACCUUUUCUCCCUCGUCCAAUUACACAAACUCCUUUGCCUUUGUCAAUGGUAUUGAGGUCGUGUCUAUGCCUUACAUCUAUGAAGAUGCUGAUGGGACAGCCGUGGUUGGUGGUGGUGCCCCAUUUACCAUUGAUAACACCACCGCUCUUGAGGGUUUGUAUCGGCUCAAUGUGGGUGGGAAUUACAUUCCACCCACCAAGGAUACAGGCCUUUUUAGGUCGUGGUCUGAUGACACACCUUACAUAUUUGGGGCUGCAACCGGAACCACCAAUGUUGCUGAUGUAAAUGUCACUUUUACCAACUCCACGCCGUCUUUCACUGCUCCUCUUGACGUUUACUCCACUGCCAGGUUCAUGACAAUGAACAAUUCUGUCAACCUCAAUUUUAACUUGACAUGGUUGUUUACCGUUGAUACUGGGUUUAGUUACUUGGUUAGACUGCAUUUCUGUGAGAUCUUUGCUAAUAUAUCAAAGACAAACCAGUUUGUGUUUAAUAUCUACCUCAACAAUCAAACUGCUUACCCUGGAUAUGAUAUCAUUGCCUUGGCAACCAGCAAUGGGAUACCUAAUGUUCAGGACUUUGUGGUGUUUCUUCCCGAUAGUAAAGAACCUCAGCAGGAUCUAUGGCUUGCACUGCAUCCAGAUACCAGUGGUACUCCCAAACCCAAUUACUAUAACUCAUUUCUGAAUGGAGUUGAGAUAUUUAAGAUGAGCACCCCCACUGGUUCUCUUGCUGGCCAGAAUCCAAUUCCUGCCCCCAUACCAGACUUCAUUGAAUCUCCAUCAGGCUCGUCACAUUCAACUAGUCAUACGGCAGCUAUUGGUGGAGGUAUUGCUGGAGCUGUUGGACUAGUCUUCCUGGUUGCUUUAUUAGCCUGUUUCAUCUCUCGCCGCCGGAGGUACGGAAAGGUAUCCAACCCAAGUGAUGGUCCAUCGGGUUGGCUUCCCCUUUCCCUGUAUGGAAACUCACAUACCUCUGGAUCUGCAAAGACCACUACCACUGGAAGCUAUACUUCUUCUCUUCCUUCAAACCUCUGUCGCCAUUUCUCUUUUGCAGAGAUUAAAUCCGCCACCAAAAAUUUCGACGAGUCUCGUGUCCUUGGGGUUGGAGGUUUUGGUAAAGUAUACAGGGGAGAAAUUGAUGGUGGGUCAAUGAAAGUAGCUAUCAAGCGUGGGAACCCGCUUUCUGAGCAAGGUAUACAUGAGUUCCAAACUGAAAUUGAGAUGCUUUCCAAGCUUCGUCAUCGUCACCUUGUCUCUCUGCUUGGUUACUGUGAAGAAAAUGGAGAAAUGAUCCUUGUGUAUGAUUACAUGGCUUUCGGAACCCUUCGUGAGCAUCUCUACAAAACAAAAAACCCCCCUCUGCCAUGGAAACAAAGACUCGAGAUUUCAAUUGGUGCUGCUCGCGGACUGCACUACCUCCACACUGGGGCCAAGCAUACUAUUAUUCAUCGAGAUGUCAAGACAACUAACAUUCUCGUGGAUGAAAAGUGGGUGGCCAAGGUUUCUGACUUUGGCUUGUCUAAAACAGGACCUUCAUUGGAUCACACUCAUGUUAGUACUGUUGUGAAAGGUAGUUUUGGAUAUCUGGAUCCUGAGUACUUCAGAAGGCAGCAACUCACUGACAAGUCGGAUGUUUACUCAUUCGGGGUUGUUCUGUUUGAGCUCUUGUGUGCUCGGCCUGCUCUGAACCCUUCCUUACCAAAAGAGCAAGUUAGUUUGGCGGAGUGGGCAGUAUAUUGCUAUAAAAAGGGCAUACUUGACCAGAUUACAGACCCAUAUCUGAAAGGGAAGAUAGCUCCUGAAUGCUUCAAGAAGUUUGCAGAGACAGCUAUGAAAUGUGUAUCCGAUCAAAGUAUUGAUAGACCAUCAAUGGGUGAUGUGCUGUGGAACCUCGAGUUUGCUCUGCAGUUACAGGAGAGUGCAGAAGAGAGUGGUGCCAUUGGUGGGAUAGAGUUUGUUGAAGGGAAGUAUGACGUUGAGUGUGGAAAGAAGGAUCCAGAUGAAUCCCGGACAUUUGAUGGAACUGUGACAGACUCAAGGAGUACGAUGAGCAUUGGUGGUCGCAGUCUUGCCAGUGAAGAUUCCGAUGGUCUGACACCAAGUGCUGUGUUCUCUCAGAUAAUGAAUCCCAAGGGACGUUAAGAUGUCAAAUGCUUCCUGGGAAUUUCAUCAUUUGAAUCUGAGUUCCAGUCCUAUUUUUCUGCCUAAUCAAGAGAAUUAGCUAAUCAGUUUGCAGUCAAUCAAGGAACUCCGGGCGUUUGAUCAUCAGACUAAUAAUAACACACUAUUCAAACUUUCAUCUAUGUAUUGUCUUCUUUCAUGAAUCAUGACUAUUUAUUUAUAAUUUCGAUAUUUGAUGUAGCUGUAAGUUGUAUCUAUAGUUGUAUUGGAAGAGUGAAACUAAAUUGUUCUAUACUCUCGGACCGUAUGUAUGUACUGAUUUUUUCUUGUGUAUUUCAGCAAUAUCGCGUUCAUUGCAAUGGCAUUCAUUUAUUCAUCUGAA